AUGGGAGAGCCACUCCGAGGUCACGGCUCCUUGGUCUUGACCGUCGCAUUCUCGCCAGACGGUUCACGAGUCGCCUCUAGCUCUUUGGACAAGACGAUUCGACUUUGGGACGCGAAUACGGGUGAGCAGGUGGGAGAGUCACUCCAAGGCCAUAGCGACAAGGUCUGGGCCGUCGCAUUCUCGCCAGAUGGCUCACGAGUCGUCUCUGGCUCUUUGGACAAGACGAUUCAACUGUGGGCCGCAGAUACGGGUGAGCAGGUGGGAGAGCCACUCCAAGGCCAUAGCGGGUCGGUCAACGCCGUCGCGAAGAAGAAAAGUGAGAUCGCCUACGAGGCAGCCUUCAAAAAUACGAAGAAAUCGAUGGAGGAGCGUGCGCUGGUUCUACGGCUCAUGUAG